CCAAACUGCCAGCUUCUCCCGGAAGUGGAGCUUCUACACCGGAUUGCCGCUCUGCGCCAUAGCUCUAGGGGCGCGCCCUUUCGGAAAGGGGAGGAGGGGCGGCAGGGGACCCCCCCCCCAACAAAACAUCGAUGUUGCAGGAAAGGAAAUGAGAAUCGGGAUCGAGGACAAAGAGGCAAUGUCAGAGUGACUGACAAGCUGAGAUACUUCCCAGUCAAAGGACCCAUUUUCAUGAUAGACAGUGCUUGUGGCUGGAGGCUCUACAGACAGGGUGUGCCUAUGCAGGCCAAAGACUGCCAGUAUUAGCACAGGGCCUGCCUUCACCUGCAACAGAAUUCCCUAAUACACCAAGGAUUUGAGACCCAUCAUCUAUCCUCACCUGCUUUAGCCUGCCGGUUGAAGCUGUUCCUGGGAUUGUGGUCCCUAUUCCAUCCUGACAGUUUCUGGAAGCCACAGUUCUCUUCCUUGAAACCCAAACAGGAUUUCCGUUCCUCCCACUCUGAAGGAGAUGGAGAAGACAGUCAGAACUCCAGGGGAUGUGUCACCUUUGGUUUCAUUAGGAAUAGAAAUUAAAAUGUGUGAAAUGUGGAACAUGCGUCAUUGAAUGAGCACACAUAGUUCACAUCAACGACCUCCAACAGGGGAGAAACCACUUAAAAUUAUGGAGUGUGGGAAAAGUUUCAGUCGGAGUGGACACCUAAAUAUGCAUCAAUGGACACACACAGGGGAGAAACCAUAUAAAUGUAUGGAGUGUGGAAAGAGCUUCAGUAAGAGUGGACACCUCAAUAUGCAUCAACGGACUCACACAGGGGAGAAACCAUUUAAAUGUAUGGAGUGUGGAAAGAGCUUCAGUCGAAGUGGAAAUCUUAUAAGACAUCAACGGACUCACAGAGGGGAGAAACCAUUUAAAUGUGUGGAGUGUGGAAAGAGCUUCAGUCAGAAUGGAGACCUUAAAUUACACCAGUGGAUUCACACAGGGGAGAAACCAUUUAAAUGCAUGGAGUGCGGAAAGUGCUUCAGUGAUAAUGGAAGCCUUAGAAGACAUCAACGGACUCACACAGGGGAGAAACCAUUUAAAUGCAUGGAGUGUGGAAAAAGCUUCAGUUUCAAUGCAACCCUGCGAAGACAUCAACAGACUCACAAAGGAGAGAAACCAUAUAAAUGUAAGGAGUGUGGAAAGAGUUUCAGUCAGAGUGGACACCUCAAUAUACAUCAACGGACUCACACGGGUGAAAAACCAUAUAAAUGUAUGGUUUGUGGGAAAAGAUAUAGUGAUAAUGGACAACUUAGAACACAUCAACGGAUUCACACAGGGGAGAAACCAUUUAAAUGCAUGGAUUGCGAAAAAAGCUUUAGUGAUAAUGGAUCCUUUAGGAAACAUCAACGGACUCACACAGGGGAGAAACCAUAUAAAUGUAUGGAGUGCGGGAAGAGCUUUAGUGAAAGUGGAUCUCUUAGAAGACAUCAACGAACUCACACUGGGGAGAAACCAUUUAAAUGCAUGGAGUGUGGGGACAGCUUUAGUGAUAAUGGAAAUCUUAGAAGACAUCAACGAACUCACACAGGGGAGAAACCAUUUAAAUGCAUGGAUUGCAAAAAAAGCUUUAGUGAUAAUGGAUCCCUUAGAAAACAUCAACGGACUCACACAGGGCUGCAGGCAGAGUGGAAUCCUUGAUUUUCAUCAACAAACUCACACAAGAGACAAACCAUAUAAAUGGCAGCAAAGGAGAUAAGAGUUUCAGUC